AGUAAGAAGAUUAAACACUGUCCUGGAAAAUAACUUGAUUGUAGUGAAGAAGACUUAGUGGAAAAGUGAAUGUAUUACAUAGAAAUGGCUUUAUGGAUCUGGACACUGAGCAUUUUGAGCUGUUUUUGCAUCACCUUAUGCAGAAAUGAAGAACUGAAAUUUUUUCAGAGUGCUACAGAGCUAAAUCAUCUAACGGUGGAUAAUGACACUGGGAUAAUCUAUCUGGGAGUGGUAAAUGCUCUGUAUCAGCUUACAGAAAACCUGGAUGUAAUAAGGUCUGUAGAAACAGGUCCAAGAAAGGACAACAAAAAGUGCACACCUCCCAUUGAUGAAAAUCAAUGUAAAGAGGCAGUACUGACUGACAAUUAUAACAAAUUACUGUUGCUGAACAAGGCGGAUAAAACAAUUGUGGUGUGUGGAAGCCUUUUUAAGGGAAUCUGUGCCAUCAGAGAUCUAGAAGAUAUUAGCAAAGAGAAGUAUUACGUAGACAGUAGUGGAGAAAAGUCCUUUGUAGCAAGCAACGAUGAGAAUGUAUCAACUGUGGGAUUGAUCACUUCCUUGAAUAACGACCGAGUGCUCUUUGUUGGGAAAGGGAAUGGACCAAAUGAUAAUGGGAUAAUAAUCAGUACUCGGCAGCUCUACGAAAGGGAUGGAAAAGACAUUUUUGAAAUGUAUACAGACUCGGCAGCUGUUAAGUCAGCUUAUCACUCGUCAAGCACGCAACAAUUUGUGGCGGUCUUUGAGGAUAAAAAUUAUGUUUAUUUUAUUUUUAAUCAACAAGAGAAACAGCCCGUCAAUAACCGCACACUGAUUGCACGUCUGUGCAAAGACGAUGCCCAUUAUUAUUCCUACUUUGAAAUGGACUUAGGUUGCAAAGAUGAUGAUGGUGCCUAUGACCACUGUCAUUCUGCUUACGUCACUACCCCAGGAGAAGAGCUGGCUGAGAGCAUGGCUCAGCAGAGACAAACUACGGAUGCUCUCUCAGAUGACAAAGUUCUUCUUGCACUCUUCAGCAAAGUAAACAAAGAUAACGGCUCUCUAAAAUCUGCCAUGUGUGUGUUUUCCUUGCGGCACAUCAAUGAAAAGAUGGAAAAAAACCGGAACGAUUGCUACACUAAAAAGAAUACCAGCUCAUUUUACAAACUUUUUGCAGCAGAAAACCCGUGUGCAUCACAUGGACUGAAUGCAAGCAAAAAUUUCCCCUGUGGCUCCGAACACUUGCCGUACCUUUUGGGAAGUAAGAAUGGUGUUAUAGAGAAGCCAGUACUACAAAAAGAAGGGAUGAAUCUCACGGCUGUCACUGUGGCUGUGGAGAACGGGCAUACCGUAGCCUUUCUGGGAACGUCGGAUGGUAAAAUUCUUAAGGUGUUCCUGUCAUCCACUACAACUGAGUACAGCUCUCUUACUAUUGAACUAAACAAACCCAUAAAGAAUGACCUGGUCCUUGAUCAAACCCAAGAAAAUCUGUACGUGAUGACCACAGACAAGGUACAUCGUCUACCUGUGCAGGACUGCCACAAAUAUUCGGACUGUGAGAAGUGUACUCAAGCAAGGGAUCCGUACUGUGGCUGGUGUGUGAGAGAGGGCAGGUGCACAAAGAAGGCAGACUGUGGAACAGCUGAUGAGGAGAACCACUGGCUGUGGAGUCCAAGUGGCACGUGCAUGACUAUCAUUAGUGCAGACCCUCUAAAUAUGAGUCGCAGAGCCCCUACAAAGGUGGAACUGACUGUAAGCCCAUUGCCAGCUUUGACUGAGAGUGACGAGGUUUGGUGUACAUUUGGUGAAACAACCCACUACGCUCAAUUAAAAAAAGGGGUUAUUAUCUGUGAUCCACCUGAUAUAAUUCCUCCAACACCAAAAGGUCAAGAUCAUGUUUCAGUUCCACUUCAGUUAACCUUUGGAAAGAACAAGAUAUUUUUUGCAUCACAUACUUACCCUUUUUAUGACUGUGAAGAAACAAUGAAUCUUUUUGAAAAUCAGCCAUGCUAUUCCUGUGCAAGCAAUAGAUGGAAUUGCCAGUGGGACUGGAAGAGACAUAUCUGCGAAGAGUCCUCUUCAAUACAGGAUGUCAUUAAACAAAAUAUGGAAGAAGAAUGCCCGCAGUUUCUAAACCCUAACCCUCCUAUAAUACCUAUGGAGUACCGAACAACGGUGUAUUUUGAGGGAAGACAUCUAGCUUAUUAUCGGGAUAAAAAAUUUGUGGUUGGAAACAGCCAAUUUGAAUUCGAAGCUCCCGUUGAUGAAUCAGAUGAAGGAAAAUUUUCAUUCAUGAGUAAAGAGUUCUCCUAUAGUGCAAAUGAAACCCUACGACUUAACUUAUCCAUAAGAACAGAUAAGGUCAAGAUUGACAGCAAACUGAUGGUGACUCUGUACAACUGCUCUUAUGGACGAAGCGACUGCAGUUUAUGCCUCGCGGCCCAUCGCGACUAUAAGUGUGUCUGGUGUGAAGAGGAUGGCAAGCCCAGCAAGUGCGUUUAUGAAAAACUGUGUCACGCUCCUCCGACUGACACAUGUCCUCAUCCAGAAAUCACUCGUAUUGAGCCAAAAACUGGACCACUAAGUGGUGGAAUUCUUUUGACCAUAAUGGGAUCUAAUUUGGGAAUAAAAGCAGAAGAUGUAAACAAUAUAACAGUGGCAGACAAGGAAUGUCUUUUCAAAGAGGAAUUCUACUCUGUUUCCACAAGGAUUGUAUGUCAAGUUGGACCAAUGAAUGAACCAAAACAAGGUCAAAUUGAAGUUAACAUCAAUGGAAAAUUAGGUAAAUCGCCAAGUGAAGUGCUGUUUACAUACCAGGAACCUCAUCCUUCUGGAAUAAGACCUGAAAGUGGUCCACAAGCGGGUGGAACCACACUUACCAUCACUGGUACAAACCUGGCCACCGGUUCCAAGAAGGAUGUUCGAGUUUCAGUCGGUAGCCAGCCUUGCAAUGUCACUGAAUUUGGAGACGAGAUUGUUUGUAUUACAGGACCUAAUAGCAAGGUUGAAGGUGUUGAAGUCACAAUGGACUAUGGGGGCAUGCCAAUUAAUGUACCAGGGCUGUUUUCAUACAGUGAGAACCCUACUGUCACCAAGUUCCUGCCAGUAAAUAGCUUUAGCAGUGGAGGGAGAAAUAUUACAGUAACUGGAACCGGGUUUGAGCUGAUCCAGAGUUUCUCGUUGGCUGUAUAUGCAGAACGUCCAGAAGCAGGGAAACUGAAUCUCAAAAGGUUUGAUGGAAAGCUUGUUACAAGACUCAAUGAAACCACGGUGAUUUUUUCUUCCCCACCAAUACUGGAGGACCCAGAAAACUAUAACAUUACUACUAUUAUUCUAAUGGAUCAUUAUCAUUUGGUUGUAAAAAAUGAGAGCCACUCCUUUGCCUAUGUUGCAGACCCAACAUUUGAAAACUUCACAGAUGGCAUCAAAAAACAAGUCAACAAACUUAUUAAUGCAAAGGGCAGUAACCUGAACAAAGCCAUGACGAUAGACGAGGCCCAGGCUUUUGUGGGUGACGAGCCUUGCAACAUAAAAACACUAACUGAAACAGACUUAUAUUGUGAGCCACCGGAAGUACAGCCUCAACCAAAGAAACGGCAGAAGAGAGAUACCAUCAAUAACCUUCCUGAAUUCAUUGUGAAAUUUGGACUCCGGGAAUGGAUCCUCGGAAGGGUGGAAUAUGAUACACGUGUGAGUGACAUCCCACUGAAUCUUAUUUUGCCACUGGUACUUAUUCCUAUGAUAGCAAUCAUCGUAAUUUCUAUCAUCUGUUACAGACGCAAGAGCCAACAAGCAGAACGAGAGUAUGAAAAAAUUAAAUCACAACUUGAAGGCCUGGAGGAGAGUGUCAGAGACCGGUGCAAGAAGGAAUUCACAGAUCUAAUGAUAGAGAUGGAAGAUCAGACAAAUGACAUCAAUGAAGCUGGAAUUCCAGUACUGGACUACAAAACCUACACGGACAGAGUCUUCUUCUUGCCCUCCAAAGACGGAGAGAAAGACGUGAUGAUUACGGGGAAGCUGGAUAUUCCUGAGGCCAGGAGGCAGACUGUGGAGCAGGCUUUGAACCAGUUCUCCAACCUCCUAAAUAGCAAAUCAUUUCUCAUUAAUUUUAUUCACACACUGGAAAACCAAAGGGAGUUCUCUGCUCGAGCUAAAGUGUACUUUGCAUCUUUACUGACAGUUGCUUUACAUGGAAAAUUAGAAUACUAUACUGACAUCAUGAGGACGCUGUUCUUGGAACUGAUGGAGCAGUAUGUUGUGGCCAAAAACCCAAAGCUGAUGCUAAGAAGAUCUGAAACGGUUGUUGAGAGAAUGUUGUCUAACUGGAUGUCUAUUUGUUUAUAUCAGUACCUCAAGGACAAUGCAGGGGAGCCUCUUUAUAAAUUGUUCAAGGCUAUCAAACACCAGGUAGAAAAAGGCCCAGUGGAUGCUGUACUAAAGAAAGCCAAAUAUACAUUGAAUGACACGGGCUUACUGGGAGAUGAUGUAGAGUAUACGCAGUUGACAGUAAAUGUAUAUGUACAAGAUGGAGGAACCGAUUCCAUACCUGUGAAAGUGCUGAACUGUGAUACUAUAUCACAAGUAAAGGAAAAGAUAAUAGACCAAGUCUAUCGAAAUCUGCCAUGUUCUCAGUGGCCAAAAGCUGAGAGUGUAGUUCUUGAGUGGCGUCCAGGUUCUACUGCACAGAUCCUCUCAGACUUGGAUUUAACAUCCCAAAGAGAUGGCAGAUGGAAACGUAUCAACACACUAAUGCAUUAUAAUGUCCGAGAUGGUGCCACGCUCAUCUUAUCAAAAAUGGGAAUUUCCCAGCAGCCAGAGGAUAAUCAGCAAGAUGUCCCAGGGGAAAGGCAUGCACUCCUGGAAGAUGAAAAUAAGGUCUGGCAUCUAGUCCGGCCAGUAGAUGAAAUAGAUGAAGGUAAAUCGAAGCGGGGCAGUGUGAAAGAAAAAGAGAGGACCAAAGCUAUUACAGAAAUCUACCUGACCAGACUUCUUUCUGUGAAGGGGACACUUCAGCAGUUUGUAGAUAACUUCUUUCAUAGUGUGCUCAACUCGAACCAUGUGGUGCCACCAGCUGUGAAAUACUUCUUUGACUUUCUUGAUGAGCAAGCAGAAAAACAUGAUAUCAAGGAUGAAGAUACCAUUCACAUCUGGAAAACAAACAGCCUGCCUCUUAGAUUCUGGGUAAACAUACUGAAAAAUCCCCAUUUCAUCUUUGAUGUUCAUGUUCAUGAAGUAGUGGAUGCUUCCUUGUCAGUCAUUGCACAGACUUUCAUGGAUGCUUGCACAAGAACAGAGCACAAAUUAAGCAGAGAUUCUCCGAGUAAUAAAUUACUUUACGCGAAAGAAAUCUCUAACUAUAAGAAAAUGGUGGAAGAUUACUACAAAGGUAUUCGUCAGAUGGUGCCAGUUAGUGACCAGGACAUGAAUACCCAUCUAGCAGAGAUUUCUAGGGCACAUACCGAUUCCUUAAAUACGCUUGUGGCUCUGCACCAACUCUACCAGUACACUAACAAAUACUAUGAUGAGAUUAUAAAUGCACUUGAAGAGGAUCCAGCUGCACAAAAAAUGCAGCUUGCCUUCCGUUUACAGCAAAUAGCAGCUGCAUUAGAGAAUAAAGUGACUGACCUUUGACUCAAAAGCCGCAAUAAAGAAAUCUGAUCUGAAGAUGUUCAAAUUCAUUCUUCCUGUUAAGGAAAUAGUGUUCUAUUUUUUAAUGUAUAAUUACAACUUUAAAUGAAAGAUUUCAUGUUUUUUUGAUAGCAGAGGUGUAAUGUAAAAAAUUUUUACUGUAAAUUAUGCUUCUAAUUAAAAGCUGUGUUGU